GAGUCUUGCAAAGGACCGCUCCUUUCUCCCGGCCUGCCUGCCUUCCAUUCCUUUUCCACAUUUCUCUUCAUCCCAAUAAAAUCAAUAUGAUGCUCCAGAAUUAGGAUUUCCCCAUUUUUCCUUCUCUCGUUCAUUUUUGUCUUCCUCCAUCCCUCUCUUCUUCUGAAUCCAUUUCCUUCUUUUUAAAGAACCAUUGAUUCCCACGGCUGGUCUCUGGAUAUGUGCUUGAGGCCCCAGUGUCGGCCUUUCUUGGUAUUCCCAUUCUCAACGUGACCCAUGAAGGGGAAGGGGGAAAUCUUGGAGGUAGAGAAGGUCUCUGGCUUCCAUCCUUGAUCUUUCUCUUCUUUCUUCACCAGGGAAGUGAGGACUCUUUGGAGCGACCUCUUGGAUGCAGUAAGGAAACCAAUAAUACAGGGAGAAGAAAUCCUCUCGAGGCGAUGAUCUUGCUGAAUUCUUGACUUCACUUACAGAGAACAAAGGAAUAAAGAAGAGUCAAGUCUCUGUAUUGGAAUUAAACACCCGUAUCAUUGUUGACAUGGAGGAGAAAGCCUCUAAAUGCCUGGAGUGUGGAAAGAGCUUCACUCGGAGGGAUCAUUUGCAGCAACAUGUAAAGACUCACACUGGGGAGAAACCCUAUAAAUGCCUGGAGUGUGGACAGAGCUUUGCUCGUAAUUCAAGUCUACGUACACAUAAAAGAACUCACACUGGGGAGAAACCUUAUAAGUGCCUGGAAUGUGGACAGAGCUUCACUCAGAGUUCAAAUCUACGUUCACAUCAAAGGACUCACACUGGGGAGAAACCCUAUUCCUGCCUGGAAUGUGGACAGAACUUUGCUCAGAUUUCAGGUCUACGUGCACAUGAAAGGACACACACAGGGGAGAAACCCUAUACAUGCUUGAAAUGUGGACAGAGCUUUGCUCAGAUUUCAGGUCUACGUGCACAUGAAAGGACACACACAGGGGAGAAACCCUAUACAUGCCUGGAAUGUGGUCAGAGCUUCACAAAGAAUUCAAGUCUACAUGCACAUGAAAGGACACACACAGGGGAGAAACCCUAUACAUGCCUGGAAUGUGGUCAGAGCUUCACUAAGAGUUCAAACCUACGUGUACAUGAAAGGACACACACGGGGGAGAAACCCUAUACAUGCCUGGAAUGUGGACAGAGCUUUGCUCAUAGUUCAGAUCUACGUAAACAUGAAAGGAAACACACUGGGGAGAAACCCUAUAAAUGCCUGGAUUGUGGACAGAGCUUCACUCUGAGUGGCCAUCUACAUAGACAUCAAAAGACUCACACUGGGGAGAAACCUUAUGAAUGCCUGGAAUGUGGUCAGAACUUCACUCAGAGUUCAACUCUACGUACACAUCAAAGGAUUCACACUGGGGAGAAACCCUAUAAAUGCCAGGAAUGUGGACAAAGCUUUGCUUGUAAUUCAAGUCUACGUUCACAUAAAAGGACACACACUGGGGAGAAACCCUAUACAUGCCUGGAAUGUGGACAGAGCUUUGCUCGUAGUUCAGAUCUACGUAAACAUGAAAGGAAACACACUGGGGAGAAACCCUAUAAAUGCCAUGAUUGUGGACAGAGCUUUGCUCAUAGUUCAAAUCUACGUAGACAUGAAAGGACACACACUGGGGAGAAACCCUAUACAUGCCAGGAAUGUGGACAGAGCUUUGCUCAUAGUUCAGGUCUACAUAGACAUCAAACGACUCACAGGGGGGAGAAACCCUAUACAUGCCUUGAGUGUGGACAAAGGUUCACUCAGAGUUCUCAUCUACGUAGACAUCAAUGGAUUCACAUUGGGGAGAAACCCUAUAAAUGCCUGGAGUGUGGAAAGACCUUUGCUCAGAGUUCAGGUCUACGUUCACAUGAAAGGACACACACUGGGGAGAAACCUUAUAAAUGCCUGGAAUGUGGACAGAGCUUCACUCAUAGUUCAGGUCUUCGUUCACAUCAAACGAUUCACACUGGGGAGAAACCCUAUAUAUGCCUGGAGUGUGGAAAGACCUUUGCUUAUAGUUCAGGUCUACGUUACCAUCUAAGGACUCACAUGGGGGAGAAACCCUAUACAUGCCUUGAGUGUGGACAGAGUUCUCAUCUAAAUAAACAUAAAAGACACACUGGGGAAAAACCUUAUGAAUGCUUGGAGUGUGGACAGAGCUUCACUCAGAGUAGACCACUAUGUUCACAUGAAAGCACUCAUACUGGGGAGCAACUCGCACACUGGGGAGCAACUCGUUCACCUCUACAUAAACAUCAAAGAACUCACUGUGGAAAGAGCUUCACUCGGAGGCAUAGUCUGCAGCAACAUGUAAAGACUCACACUGGGGAGACACACACUGAGGAGAAAGCCUGUAAAUGCCAGGAAUCUGGACAAAGCUUUCCUCAGAUUUCAGAUCUACGUUCACAUGAAAGGACACACACUGGGGAGAAAUCUUAUAAAUGCCUGGAAUGUGGACAGAGCUUCACUGUGAGUGGCCAUCUACAUAGACAUCAAAAGAUUCACACUGGGGAGAAACCUUAUAAAUGCCUUGAAUGUGGUCAGAGCUUCACUCAGAGUUCAAAUCUACGUACACACCAAAGGAUUCACACUGGGGAGAAACCCUAUAAAUGUCAGGAAUGUGAACAAAGCUUUGCUCAGAUUUCAUGUCUACGUUCACAUGAAAGGACACACACUGGGGAGAAACCUUAUAAAUGCCUGGAAUGUGGUCAGAGCUUCAUUCAGAGUUCAACUCUAUGUACACACCAAAGGAUUCACACUGGGGAGAAACCCUAUAAAUGCCUGGAAUGUGGACAAAGCUUUACUCGGAUUUCAGGUCUACGUUCACAUGAAAGGACACACACUGGGGAGAAACCCUAUAAAUGCCAGGAAUGUGGACAAAGCUUUGCUCAUAUUUCAGGACUACAUUCACAUGAAAGGACACACACUGGGGAGAAAACUUACAAAUGCCUGGAAUGUGGACAGAGGUUUACUCAUAAUUCAAGUCUAAGUAAACAUGAAAGGACACACACUGGGGAGAAACCCUAUAAAUGCCUGGAAUGUGGACAGAGCUUCACUGUGAGUGGACAUCUACAUAGACAUCGAAGGACUCACACUGGGGAGAAACCUUAUAAAUGCGUUGAAUGUGGUCAGAGCUUUGCUCAUAAUUCAAGUCUACGUACACAUCACAGGAUUCACACCGGGGAGAAACCCUAUAAAUGUCAGGAAUGUGGACAAAGCUUUGCUCAGAUUUCAGGUCUACGUUCACAUGAAUGGACACACACUGGGCAGAAACCUUAUAAAUGCCUGGAAUGUGGUCAGAGCUUCAUUCAGAGUUCAAAUCUACGUACACAUCAAAGGAUUCACACUGGGGAGAAACCAUAUAAAUGUCUGGAAUGUGGACAAAGCUUUGCUCGGAUUUCAGGUCUACGUUCACAUGAAAGGACACACACUGGGGAGAAACCUUAUAUAUGCCUUAUAUGUGGACAGAGCUUCACUCUGAGUUCACGUCUACGUUCACAUCAAACGAUUCACACUGGAGAAAAACCCUAUACAUGCAUGGAGUGUGGAAAGACCUUUGCUUAUAGUUCAGGUCUACGUUCCCAUCUAAGGACACACAUGGGGGAGAAACCCUAUACAUGCCUUGAGUGUGGACAGAGGUUCACUCAGAGUUCUCAUCUAAAUAAACAUGAAAGGAUCCACACUGGGGGAAAACCUUAUGAAUGCUUGGAGUGUGGCCUGAACUUCACUCAGAGUAGACCACUACGUUCACAUGAAAGCACUCACCCUGGGGAGCAACCCUAUAAAUGCCUGGCGUGUGGACAGAGUUCCACUCGUAGUUCACCUCUACAUAAACAUCAAAGAACUCACCCCGGGGAGAAACCAUGUAUAGACCUAGCAUAAAAUCGUAGUCAUAGAAUAAUAGAGUUGGAAGAGAUGACAUGGGACAUCCAAUCCUGCUUUGAUUUUAUGCGCUUUGUGCACUUUUAUGGAUUUGACCAAUAUUU